AUGUACCCAUAUAACAAUUCAUCUCCACCUAGGGGCUCUGGUUAUAUACCAUCUUCUAGCAAUAAUGCUGCUCAGACCUCUUACGAGGCUUACCAGCAACAGCAAGAACAACUAUACCAGCAGCAACAACAUCAGUUAUAUUAUCAACAACACCAACAGCUUCAGCAAAAUCAACAACAGCAAAUCCCACCUCCACUUCCACCAAAAGACAAUGUACAACGCCAAUAUCGUUAUGCCAACGGAAGCCCUCUUGUAAAUGUGUACCGCGCUGACAGUUCUAGCCCUACAAGGCUGUAUGCAGAACUCCCUCGAACUGUAAGCCCGAUUUCUCGUUCGAAUGUACUUCCUGAUCCUUUUACUGAAACUAUGGAUCCUUCAGAUUUAGAAGAUUCAAAUCCACCAAACCUUCCGCCAAAGCCUACUCAGUAUAAAACAGUCAUCCAAUCUUUAAACAAUGGCUACUCUUACAAACUUCCUCAUUCUGCUUCGCCAAUAUAUCUUUAUGGCACUCAAAAUACCAUUGGUUUAGCUCAAACAAACAUUAACAAUACAACGACCGCGUACAUUCCCCACUACCAAGCAACAAGCACUACGGAUUAUGAACAACAACAAUAUACUCAUGAAUCUCAGUAUUCUCAAUAUGUUUCCAAUAACACAUAUCCUUCUGCUUCAAUUGUUCCCACAAAUCUCCCUUCUUCAUCUCCCAAUAGGUCGCCUCCUGCUAGUGCCUCUGGUAUCUCAUCAAUUUAUACUCAAAAUACCUCAUCAUCACGUUCUCCCAUUCCUCUUCGCGUCGACACUACUAUUCGAUCUUCCUCUCCAACAAAACAAUUUAGCAGUUCAAGUUCCUCGCAGCAGUCAACACCAUUAGACCGUAAACCUUUAGGACCUCGGUUACCUCCAUCAAGUUUUUCAUCUUCUGCUGUUCUUUCUAGUACUUCGUCAGCUGCCCAACGCUCGGCUCAAUCUCCAAGAGAUCCCCCUCAAACACCAAACAAGCCGACACACCGACAUAGUAAUAGCCUUAGCGGAUCCAGAUCUACCGGGUCUUCUUCUGGUCACAGCUACUCAAACAGUUUAGGAAAUUUGUAUGGUCAGUUCCCUGCAGGAUCUUCUCCACCUUCUUAUUCAGACGCCUCCAUCAUUGACGACCCAUACCGUUAUCAGUCUUUUGACCACUGCUCUAUAGUUUCUGGGCCUUUUGUUUCUACUAGUCCUCUAAGUUUAAUUAAACGUAAAGACAUUUCGACAUCGCCUACUCACUCUCAUAGCAAAUCAAUUGGAUCCAUUUCAAAUUCAACAGUACCACCUACUGUCUCAAAACCUAAUCUGGAUCGCCAUAAAUCAAUGGAGUCAAAUGGUGAAGUAGAUGCACUUAAUAGCUCUGGGCAUUCAGGAAAAUCAGCAUUUUCCACUUACUCUAAUAUUUCGUCUUAUUCAUCUAGCUCUUAUUCCCCUCAACAUGUCCAUCCUCCACCAGACGCAUUUCAGCCGGCACAAAAACCUUUGGCUUACCCAAUUGAUGAAACAACUCUACCAUAUCCCGUUUCUCCUAUAUCUUCCAGUCCACCAAAAAAGAGUUCUUCCCGGCAGGAUAUGAUUGAAAGCUUUGCAAAUUUCUCGCUUAAAACUGGCGAAAUUGGUGUCUUGAUGGAUUCAACGUCAUCAAUGUCGGGAGACACAGUCAAGAGUUCUGACCAAUUUCGUAUGCACCGCUCACAAACCUAUACAGACAUGACAGAUGAUCAUCAUGACAUACUACCUCCUCCAACUCGGUCGUAUUCUACUAUAUCUAAGUCCACUCCUAUAUCCAAGUCAUCGAUGAGAAGCUCCCUAAUUUCUGGAGCAACAGAUUACAGUCUUAUGCUUAAACUUGAUUUACCUUCAAUACCGGACUCAAGAACUAGACUUGACCCAGACAAACUCUCUUCUCGUGAUUUUGAUCUUUGUGAAACGCCAUGGGCAAUUUCAUCAAUUUGCUUAUGGAUUGAAUACCUUAAUACUAUUGCAGAAAUGUCGUUUGAAACACUCUCUGAAGCAUUAAUCAAUUUGUUCUGCCAUAUUGUCCCAACUCUUGGCUGGGUUGCAGCCGAGCGUAUCACAGUUCCUUUAUUGGAGUCUCUCACAAAAUGUUCUUUCCUUACAAUCAAUGAGGAUACUGGUGUGUUGAUGGUAAACCCAUAUCAUGCUAUUUCUGGCGUUUUACCAUCAAUUACUGGACGAGGCUGCUACUCAUCUAGGAGUCAUCAGUUUGAUAACACGGCAAAAGACAAGCAAAUUUAUCGAUGCUAUAGCUCUAGGUGUUCCAGGACUAUUCCACAUAAACCUGUUCUUCCUAACAUAAAUCUUGCUCAAAAGUUUAACGACAGUGAUCGUGUCAACUGGGCUAAAAUUUGGAACCUCUCUGAUGACGACUUAUCAAAACUUGAGAAAAAGGUCAUUGAGCGACAAUGCGCUAUUCAAGAACUUAUUGGCACUGAGGAAAUUUAUGUACGUGGACUCAAGGCUUUCCUUAAUGUUUACGGGGAUUAUCUCAAUCGUGCAAAGCCACCUGUUGUUUCCAAUCAAGCACGCUUUUGGAAUGACACAUUUGGGUGCAUUCAAGGUUUAAUCGACUCAAAUGACAAUCAGUUACUGACGUAUUUAAAAAUUCGACAAGCUCAACAAGGUCCAUUUAUUCAAUCAAUUGCAGACUUGGUUCUUAAUUGGCUUAAAGCUGCCCGAACUCCUUACUUACAACGCGCAUCAACAUAUUCUUAUGCUAUGCGUGUUGUGUCUAGCGAAAAAAGUAAAAAAAAUGAACUUUUUGCUGCAUGGCUUGAUAAAGCUGAACGAGAUCCUCGUCUUACAAGAGUACAAAAAUUUGACUUUUUAAUGUCUAGUCCAUUUAUGCGUCUGUGCCGUUACAAUUUACUCUUUGAUCGCAUUCGAGCUAGCACUCCUGUUGAUGACCCUGAAUAUCGAUUAUGGGGCCGUUGUAUUGAUGAAUGCCGUAUAAUUGUUGAGGAAUAUAACCGCAUCCAUGGUGAAUCAGAAGACAUUUCCAGUAUCAUGACUUUGGAAGAACGCAUAACUUUCCCAAACCUUGAAGAAAAGGUUGAUUUACGCUUGCGGGACUCCCGCCGCAAAAUAUAUUAUGAGGGUGAUGUUUUGCGCAAAGGUGAAUUUGGGCUUGACUAUGUUGACACACACAUGGUUUUGCUCGAUAAUUAUCUUAUUCUUGCUAAAGUCAAAAAGGACAACUUGGAAAAAUACAUGGUUACCAAAAGACCAAUCCCUCUUGAGUUGCUGGUUAUUGAACAAGCCGAUGGAGAGCCAGUGAUUAAAUCCAAUACCAAAAUGCUUACGGGUGUUUUAUCAGGAGGAUCCCAUGACUCCAAAAAGCAAUCUAAGAAUUCAAGUAGCGGUAAUGGAAGCUCCGGAAAUGGAAACGGUAGUAAUAACGGCACAGGCACACCAGCUGGAUCUGGAUCAAGUGGGGCUGUCUACGACAAUGAAAACAUCAUUUAUCCCAUCAAAGUUAGAGACCUUGGAGCCACGGGGAACCAUGCAAGUAAAGCUGUAUACUAUUUGUACACACAGACUGAUGAAGAGCGUCGUGCAUGGGUGUCUAAGAUGCUUUUGGCUAAACGAGACUACAGUUCGGCUGCAUUUGCUCAGAAUUCAGAGCCGUUCCGUGUGCGGGUCGUUGAGGAUCGAUUUUUUUCAUACGACAAUGGCGAAGCCCCUAAACUGGCUGUGUAUGCAGAAUCAACUGCCCUUGACCGCGGUAUAUGUGAGUACGAGGCUGCUAAUGGAUCUACUCGUGUGGGCACUUUGACGACAGCUACGUCUCGGAUCAACUGCAGUGUGACUUGUAGUCUUGGCGGGAAAUACUUUAUGGUUGUUGGUCUCGAAAAUGGAAUUUACGCGUGUGACAUGUCCAUGAAAAAAAUUACACCCGCUGAUAUACCAAAAAGGAGCCAGUCUAGCAGUCCCCAUAAGGGAGGCAAAACUUUGGCUACUGUUCCUGAAACAGAAGUAACUAGUGGAGUGCAAAAUGAAGAAACAGCAACAUGGGUGGCUCCCCAAUGGGUGAAAGUUCUUGACUUACAAAAGACUACUCAACUAGAGAUCCUAACUGACUACAAUGUUUUAAUUGUUCUUUCAGAACGUACGCUUGCUUACUAUCCUCUUGAUCAGAUCUUGGCCAUUGUGAUGAACAACAAUCGCAAGCCUCGUGAUUCCAAUCUCACUGGUUAUGCUAUUUCACGAGCCAAAGAAGUUACCUUUUUUGCAACAGGCUAUAUGUCAUCUGGCGGGCCCGGAAUGACUGCAGAUAGUAAACGACAACUUGUGUUUUACAAUGUCAAAAAACGUGGACCAAAGGAUCCACGCGAAGCCAUAAAAAAGAAUGGCGGCAGUAUGACUGUUGAAGUUGUUGAGCCUGUUAAGGAACGAGGUUCUCAAAAGAAGCGAUCUCAUUUUAUCGUUAACAAAUCCAAUGAUAAUACACGGAGUGAUAACUUUGACGAAACUGGUGCAGCUAUACGCUCAGGAACCAUACCUAAUAGAGCUGGAAUAAGCAAUGCAUCUACUGAAUAUUUUCGCGAAUAUGACAGUGUAACUGUCAAUGGAGAAAUUUUUGGUAUAACUCUUUUUGGCUCGACAUUUUUUGCACAUACGGGCCGUGGGUUUGAGAUUUUGGCUCUUUCAUACAAAAUUCCUCGUUUAGUUCCUGAUGCUGCCUCUAUCAGUCAUGCUCUUAAUCGUUCAGCAGCUGUUACCAAUAAACCAAGUGGUCAUCAUCAUCAUCAUCAUCAUCAUCAUCAUGGUUCUGGAAAUGGUGGAUUUUUAUCACCAUCGCCACAAACAUUAAGCGACGCUGUGCGACGCAAAAUUGAUGGUAGUAAACCUGUUGGUGCUUUUAUGAUUAAUGAUAACUGCAUUUUGCUUGUUUAUGAACAGAUUGGGAUUUUUGUUGACAAAUUUGGUGAAAUGUCUUCACCAAUAGUCAUAAACUUGCUUGCUCGAGCCAAAUCUGCUUUAGUAAGCUAUCCAUAUUUACUUCUUUUUAGUGACGAAAUGAUUGAAGUACGCAAGAUGGAUGUUGGAUCUGCUGCAGCUCACGGUGCCGCAGCAUCGCGUAAAAUUAGAAACGCUGCAAUUGCAGCUGUGGAUCCCAAGGCCAAAAGGAAUUCCAAAAUUGAAAUUGAAAUUGAAAUUGAACCUCAAGAAUCCCAGUUUACGCGUGCCAAUCUCCAAGGAUCGGAUUAUAGUUCUUGUGAGUUGAAGCAGGUUAUUACAGGCAAACAUAUUCGACUAGUUGUUGAUGGGAGUAAACGCAGUAAGCAAGGUCAAGAAAUCAUGAUUAGUAUGGCUCAUCCUAAAUAUAGCAACCAGCAACUGUUGGUGGAACUUGUUCCAAAUGAGUUUGUUGUUGAAGAUGACAAUAGCAGUUUGCUUGGAUUAUAG